AAUAAAUCCGAGCAGCGGAGCUACGAUGCUCUCAGCGUCCAUCCAGCGGGGAGACAAACAGACCGACAGGAGAGGUUCUUGGCUUUAUCCACAGAGACAUCUUCACACCGAGUAGACAAAGAGAAGCCGUGAGAACCUGUGGGAGUGUGUUAGAGUGUUUCCUGUGUGCCGGGGGCUGCUGCUGUGGAGCUGGGCUCGAGCAGGACAGGGCGGGGUGAUGUUUAGGUUCCGGUAUAAAGGCAGCGAGAAAAUGGGAACCAGACGAGAUGUGGAGCUGGCUGCCGACGCGUUUGUUUUGUCCCGGAGACUAGAAUGAGAAGUGUACCGUCCCGGUGUAACAGGGCGGCGGUGUAACCGUCUGGGGAGGCCGCUCGCGGGGAGAAGCGUGUCUCUGCGGCGCCCCUCCGCCCCCUGUCCGUCAGCAAGAUGAGGACGCUAUUUACAUUCUGUUGUCUCUUCCUUAUUACCGGCGGAGCAGACCGGGCGUGUGCCACCGGAAACCUGACUGUCGACAGCAGUAACGACACCGACCUCACGGCAGACGGCAGCAGCAGGUUUAUCAGCAUCGGGGACGGCUCGUCGCAGGAAUUCGAGUUUCCUGAAAACACCAACGGCGUGAUUGUAAUCUGCAGCCAGUACCGGAGCGGGGCCGCGAGCGUUAAGGGCCGCCAGAGCUGGAAGCAGACGGUUACGGUCCGUUCCCUGGACCCGGAGGUCCUCUCCAUACUGAAUGUGACGGAUAGCGGCCACCAAGGAAAAGCCAAGAGCUACAUUAUCAGCAUCCGCUCCGGGUUCCCAGGCAAGGCUCAGCUGCAGAUCCAGCUGCUGGAACUGGACCAGGAUUCGGUGCCGGUUCUGAUCGAGGAAAGGACGGAUUACUCCAUCAAAGUGGCGCCUGGGAAUGAUGACCCGGCCACCCGGCUCAUCCAGUCGGGUGGCCUGUCCCAUUUCUCUGAGAACCCGGUGCUGUUCGCCUUGCUGCCCCUCAUCUUUGUCAACAAGUGUGCAUUCGGGUGCAAGGUGGAGGUGGAGGUUCUGCGGGGGCUGCUGAAGAGCCCGGUACCUCUGCUCCUGGGGGUGCUUGGUCAGUUCCUGGUGAUGCCAUUGUAUGCCUACUCUAUAUCCCGGCUGGCCAACCUGCCCAAAGCGCUGUCCCUGGGCCUGGUAAUCACCUGCUCUGCCCCAGGAGGUGGGGGGGGUUACCUGUAUAGCCUGCUGCUCGGGGGAGACGUGACCCUGGCCAUCUCCAUGACCCUGGUCUCCACGGUGGUGGCGGCAGCAGCCAUGCCUCUGUCCUCAGCCCUGUAUGGUCGGUUGCUGGGUGUGCACGCGGCCCUGCACGUGCCCUUUGUGAAGAUCCUGGGCACCCUCCUCUUCAUCGCCAUCCCCAUCUCGCUAGGCAUGCUGGUCAAGCUGCGCCUGCCCGCCCUCACUCGCGUCCUGUUGGCACUCAUACGACCCUUCAGCUUUGUGCUCAUCGUCGGUGGCAUUUUCAUGGCCUACCAAAUGGGAGCGUCCAUCCUGGCCAAUGUGCGGCCCCAGAUCGUGGCAGUUGGGGUGACAGUGCCUUUGCUGGGGCUGGUGGUCGGGGCCAUCCUGGCCAGGCUCGCGGGCCUGGCUCCCCCGCAGAAGAAGACGGUGAGCAUCGAGGUGGGGGUGCAGAACAGCCUGCUGGCCCUGGCCGUCAUGCAGCUGUCGUUCCGCCGGGCAGAGGCUGACUUCGCGUCCCAGGCGCCAUUCAUCGUGGCCCUCAGCAGCACCUCGGAGAUGCUGCUCAUAGUUUUGGGCUACUUUUUCCAGCGGAGAUUGUGUGGGCCCGCCGUCCCCAGGAGUGACGCCUGAUUGUAGCCACAGUUUUUUUGUUCUGAACUCUUUGAAACCUGUGGAUAUUUGGUGUCCCACAUGAUGGCUACAAGACGCACAACAAUCACCAGUUCAGUCUUCACUGUUGUGGUACACAGGACAGUGAAUGGACUUUUUGUGUUUUGUCAUUGUUUUCGUAUUUUUCAUGAAAACCAAAGGCCUUUUACCCCUCUGAGACCUUUUUUGUGUUUAUUUUACAGUAUGUACUUUUUAAAAUCAGAUUAUACUGUGAGGUACUUAAUGUAAAUAUUCACAAGAAGAGACCUACCUAUAAAAGAAAAGAUAUUUUUCUACCAGAUUACUUUUUGUAAUCAAAAAGCAAAGAUUGAUUUGCAUCAUGUUUACAUGAGGUCCAUGUGUCUUAGCCUGGGGGAGGAUUUCAGGGGGGUUACGGGGAAUUAUUUGGAAAUCAAACAGGAACAUGAUGAUGAUGAUGGUAUGAAAGUAUUUGCUACUGAUUGUGUCUCCUGGAUCUGCGAAUCCAUGUACUUGAAUAUAAGUGAGGAGAAAUUACGAAAAAGUUAAUAAAACAUUGUUAAAGCAGG